AACACAGAGAUACAGACAAGCAAACAGACAGCUCCCUUACGGACCUUUGACCGGCGCAAACUUGUCGAUUUUUAUGAGAAAGAUUACCAGCACUCAGAGCCCCCGCGUGUCCGUGGACACUUCACGGUUACCUGGUUAUCAAAUGUCUGCGGUAGGCCAUGAACAGAUGUCAGGGAGAGAUAACCACAGAUAGGCAAACAAUGGAAAGAAACAUUUUUCACGCUUGAAGAAACAGCAUGGGAGGAUAGACGAGAAACUGAAAUCAAACUUUUCUCGUAACAUUCAGGUAGUGAAAAAAAACUGUCGUUCGAUUAACAUCUGUAAAAUUCAAUCUUAAUUAAAAUAAGUUCUUAUGGUGAAGAAGAGUUAAUUGAUUUUAUUUAGCAAACCUAAAUUCUAUCGGUUCCUUGACAUGUUAAUUUAUGCUGAUUUCAAAGAGCAUGAAACGAAGAAACAGUAUGAAAUGCAUGGCAUUUUUAUAGACGGUUUUUCUAGUUGUUGUCAUGGUGUGAUCAUUCAUUUUACGCAACCACUUGUCAAUUUUCAGAGUUGGUCUGAUGUGUUCCUGUUAUAUGAAAUAAUGCCACAUUCCUCGAAGUUUUGAAUUUUUAUCACAUCACAAAUUAAUGCUCCUCACGCAUUUAAAUUACGCAUGUCUUAUUCCCUCAUUUAUUUACUUGUCUUUUCAACGGCCAUCAUGUUGAUCUCUCUUUUUAGGGGGGUUGAAGGGGCAAUAAUAUUAAAUUGAAUAGAAACAGCAGAUUUCGGACGUUGGAUGAGGUUAGUGAGCCGUGAAACAGGCUUUUUGUCAGUGCGCGUGCAGCUCGCGUGCCGACCGGCGUUGACAAGAGAGGGGACGAGCCAGACUUUGCAAUUACUGUUUACAAUCAAUAUACGAGAGAUUUAAGAUCACAAUCUAAAGAAAAGACGAGAAAGAUUAGAGACAAAAAAUUAAUAAUUUCUUCAACAAUCCAUAAAGUUGUUAAAGACAUAAAUAGUGUAAUGUCUGUCAUUUCUUCUACGACUUGCCAAAUGUGAACACAGAAAAUUCAAAUGUUUUUAUUAUUUCCAAAUAGGCUUAUUAUAAUAAUAAUCAUUUUCAUUGCAUUAGACAGGAUACUAUUGUCUCUAAGUGCUUUUCCUGUAACCAAAAUAAUAAUAAUUAGUGGCAAAACCUAUUAAGUGAUUAUGAGCUAAUUUAUGAACACUCAUAAAGAAUUGUGCACAUUAAGACAAGGAAGCACACACGUAUGCAACGGGAUGCGUCGACAGCAGAGAUGGUCGUGAUUGAAUGUGUCCCACGCUUGAAAGAGUUAAUCCAUCCUGCGGGUACAAACAGGUCCACGGAGUCUCUAACUGGCGACAGAUGGCCACUUUCUUUCGGCCACAAAGGGACGGAAUACGGAGCUCUAGCGAAUACAAAUGGAAGAGGUCACGUGACGCUUGAGGCCGUUUUCCUGACGUAGUCGGCCAUAUGGCGCGUGCCGGGGGAAGGGGCGGGGCCAGAUGCCAAUCACGGACGCGGGGUGGGAUUGUGGAGGCAGACUCAGACAUCCACUCGCAUCUUCCAGCAUCAGCAGCACCGCUAUAUAACCAGAGCAUCCCAUCGGCGCAGCCACAUUAGUCUACAAUCCGCAGGACUUCCCACACCACGAGGGGCAUGAAACUGUCAUAACAAAACCAUUCAACAAAUCUGAGAAUUCCAAUAUGACGAAAUCGUUCACCGAGGAAAGCAUGAUGCUUGAUUCUCAAAGCAGCACAAACUGGACGGACAAGUGUCACAGCAGUGCCCAGGACGAGCAAGAAGAGCAAGAGGAGAUAAACGAGUCCAUGCAGAAAGACAUGGAGGACGAUGAAGUGGAGCUCAACAGACUUGAGGAGGAGGAUGACGAUGAUGAAGAAGAAGAGGAAGAAGACGGGGAUGACACAAAGCCCAAAAGACGAGGGCCCAAAAAGAAGAAGAUGACUAAAGCACGGAUGCAGAGAUUUAAGAUGAGACGAAUGAAGGCAAAUGCCCGGGAGAGGAACCGCAUGCACGGGCUCAACGACGCGCUCGAGAGUCUGCGCAAAAUUGUGCCGUGUUACUCCAAAACGCAGAAGCUGUCCAAGAUCGAAACUCUCCGAUUGGCCAAAAAUUACAUUUGGGCCCUUUCUGAAACCCUGAGGUCGGGAAAAAGUCCGGAUUUGAUGUCUUUCGUGCAGGCCUUGUGCAAGGGUUUGUCGCAACCGACAACCAAUUUGGUUGCAGGAUGUCUCCAACUGAACCCCAGAACUUUUUUGCCCGAGCAGAGUCAGGAGAUGCCUCCUCAUUUGCAAACAGCAAGUGCUUCCUUUUCCGCUCUUCCCUACUCCUACCAAACGCCUGGUCUUCCCAGUCCUCCUUACGGUACAAUGGACAGCUCUCACAUCUUUCACGUGAAGCCGCACGCGUACGGGAGCGCAUUGGAGCCGUUUUUUGAAACCGCGCUCACGGACUGCACUAGUCCCUCGUUUGAUGGACCGCUUAGCCCACCUUUGAGCGUCAAUGGGAACUUUUCCUUCAAACACGAGACUUCCUCGGAAUACGAGAAGAACUACGCCUUUACCAUGCACUAUCAGGCGGCGGGUAUGGCCGGAGCGCAGGGACACGGGUCUCUUUACGCGGGCACUACGCAACGCUGUGAUAUACCGAUGGACAACAUUAUGUCUUAUGAAGGUCACUCUCAUCACGAGCGGGUCAUGAACGCCCAGCUGAACGCGAUAUUUCACGAAUCAUGAUUCUAGUGUACAUUUUUGGGACUUUGUCAUUAUUGCUCGCCAUGGUAUUCUGUUAUCGCCGAUGCAAAAAGAGCAACAACAUUAUAUGCUUAAUCUUAUGUACGUAUUUAUUGUUGUUACUGCCUUUAGGAGAAAAGAGAAUUCCUAUAUUCUCGUUCACCUUAUGUAUUGUAUUCUAUAGCGCUUCUACGUUGCGGUCACAGGUGGGAAUAGGCGUGACCUUCUUCAGAAUGUGUUACUUAUCCAUGCUACAAAAUCACAAGCAAUAAUUUGGAAACUAUGCAAUUUUUAAUCGAAUACUGGGCCAAUCAUAGAAAUUAAUAGAGAUUGCUAUAUUUUUCAACCUAUUACAUUUUACUACUUAUCUAACCCAUACUGAAUAAUUUUGUUGUGAUUUUGUAUAGAAUUGUUCAUUUUUAUAAAUCCCUGCACCAUUCCAUGCAAGCCCCAUGUUAAUGUUUUAUAAAACUGAUUUAUCUCUUGUUUAUAUAAAACAUUUCUCAAUCUAGUAAUAACCAGCAGGCACGUGUUUAAUAAAUAGUAACGUUGCCUUCGCAAUUGAUUAGGCUAGUGUAAAAUCAUGCAGAGUUGCACAAUUCCGAGCCACUGAAUCCCGUCUAUAAAGUUAUGUUCUGUUUACAAUCAGCCAUUCUUUAUCAUUUCAGUGGACAAUGUCGACUUGCUUGUCUGCUGGGAAACAAAUGUUGGUGUUAAGAGGCUCAGUGUUGUACAUAAAAGCUUGACUAUCACCUUUUAAAUCCACCCUGUGUAAAUGCUGAACGAGAGCCCUGUCUUUCUAAGAUGGAAAAUAAAUAAUGGACUGAAUUGGUCUGCUCAAACUAUUUGUUUAUUUUUCGACUCAUAUGUUGCUGUUUGCAAAGGAACAACAAACAAAACAAAACAAAAAAAUGCAACCAAAAUAAGGUUUGCUUUAAGUUAUUCAAGUUUUGUUGAGACUGUUGUGUUUGUGUAUAUCAGUUCAAGAGAUUUAAGUAAUAAAACACAUUUUACCAUUAUUAUA